AUGAGUAGUUAUCAGAUGAAUUCCGGCACUGGACCCGCACAGACCAUGGGUCCAUCCAGUGAGCCCAGCUACAUGGAUCUCAGCAACAUGCCAAUGGACAACAAGCAGCAACAGACAAUGAUUUGGCAACAAAACCAGUACAUGAGUGAUUCUGGUAUCCACUCUGGCCAGACCACACAGGCUCCAUCCAUCAGCAGUAAAAGCCAUGGAGAUGAUGUUGAAGAUGGAGAGAUGGAUCCCUCCAAAAUGAUGUUUGAUUGGGCCCUUGGUGGUGACACAUACACCCAGGAACAGGUUGAUGACAUCAACCAACAGCUGAAUCAAACCCGUUCCCAGCGUGUGCGUGCUGCCAUGUUCCCUGAGACAGUACCUGAGGGGGUGCAUAUUCCUUCCACACAAAUUGAGACUGACCAGCCAACUGUUGUCCAGAGACUGAGCGAGCCCUCACAGAUGCUGAAGCAUGCUGUGGUCAAUUUGAUCAACUAUCAGGAUGAUGCAGACUUGGCCACAAGAGCCAUCCCUGAGCUGAUCCGACUGUUGAACGAUGAGGACCAGGUGGUGGUGUAUCAGGCGGCAAUGAUGGUCCAUCAGCUGUCCAAGAAGGAAGCUAGCAGGCAUGCGAUCAUGAACUCUCCACAGAUGGUCACAGCUCUCAUUCGGGCAAUGGCUACCACCGAUGAUCUGGAAACCACCCGAUGCGCUGCAGGGACUCUGCACAACCUCUCCCACCACAGGCAGGGUUUGUUGGCAAUCUUCAAAUCUGGAGGGAUCCCAGCACUAGUCCAACUGCUUAGCUCCCCUCUGGAAUCAGUGCUCUUCUAUGCGAUCACCACACUGCACAACCUGCUCCUGCACCAGGAAGGCUCCAAGAUGGCUGUUCGCCUGGCAGGCGGGCUUCAGAAGAUGGUGGCCCUACUGCAGCACAACAACAAUGUGAAGUUUCUGGCAAUCACCACAGACUGCUUGCAGAUCUUGGCCUAUGGCAACCAAGAGAGCAAGCUGAUCAUCCUGGCAAGUGGGGGACCAGGAGAACUUGUUCGCAUCAUGAAAUCUUACACUUAUGAAAAACUGCUGUGGACCACGUCUCGGGUUCUGAAAGUGUUGUCGGUGUGUCCUAGCAACAAGCCAGCUAUAGUAGAAGCAGGUGGUAUGCAAGCUCUGGCCAUGCAUUUGGGACAUCAGAGCCAACGAUUGGUUCAAAACUGCCUUUGGUCCCUCAGAAACUUAUCCGAUGCAGCUACUAGAAUGGAUCACCUGGACAACCUGCUGCACAUGCUAGUGCAGCUACUGGCUGGCAACGACAUCAAUGUUGUGACAUGCGCUGCAGGAAUACUCUCCAAUCUGACCUGUAACAACCAACGAAACAAAGUGAUAGUAUGCCAGGUGGGCGGCAUUGAAGCCCUGGUGCGCACGAUCAUGCAGGCGGGAGACCGGGAGGAUAUCACCGAACCAGCU